CAUGUCAUUAUACUUUAAGCCCAUUUCAUGUCGCCCGCCCCACUCAAGGGAAAGGAGAGGAUAGACAGAGAGAGAGAGUGAGAGAGAGGGGCCAUGGAAGGAGAGGACGAAGAGAUGUGUGUUGAAGAAGGAAAUCGAAAUAUUAUGAGGAAGCUCGGCCUUCGGAACACCAUCCAGACCAACUUCGGAGAGGAUUACGUUUUCCAAAUUGCUUCCAGCCAGGAGAUUCCAGCUAUGGCAGUCUCGUUAUCAACAAACAUAAUCAAAUUAUAUUCCCCAGAAACAGGACAGUACCUUGGAGAUUGCAAGGGGCACAGUAACACUAUUCAUGAAAUUUCAUUCUCUGUUCCAUCUUCACCUUAUAUUCUACAUUCCUGCUCUUCUGAUGGAACUAUUAGAGGGUGGGAUACAAGAAUCUUCAAGCAGGUUUCACUAUUAAGAGGUGCUUCUUCGCAAGAAAUAUUCAGCUUUAGCUUUGAGCAAUCCAGUGGAAAUCUCCUUGCAGCUGGUUGUAAUUCACAGCAGAUACUUUUUUGGGAUUGGAGGAAUUCGAAGGCUUUGGCAUGUUUGGAAGAUUCACAUGUUGAUGAUGUCAUACAGGUCAAAUUUGUUCCAGAACACAAAAACAGGCUCAUUUCUGCGUCCGUUGAUGGACUUUUAUGCAUCUUUGAUACUGAGGGUGACAUCAAUGAUGAGAAUCAGUUGGAUUCUGUUAUGAAUGUGGGAACUUCAAUUGCAAAGGUUGGCUUGUUUGGAGACAGAAGCCGAAAACUUUGGUGUUUGACACACAUUGAGACAUUAAGUGUCUGGGACUGGGAAGACUCGCUUAAAGAAGUGGAUUUUCAAGAUGCCCGCACCUUGGCUUCCGAUAGCUGGAAUCUUGGUCAUGUUGACUACUUUGUGGAUUGCCACUAUAAUGGAGCUGAUGAUAAGCUGUGGGUGAUUGGGGGUACAAAUGAUGGAACUUUAGGUUACUUCCCUGUGAACUACAAGAACCCCAAAGCAAUUUGUUCUCCAGAUGCAGUUCUAGAGGGUGGCCAUUCCGCAGUUGUCAGAACCAUCUUGCCAUCUUCAGCUGUGCACAUGGGUUCUGUCGGAAGCUUUGGUAGUAUUUUUGGCUGGACGGGAGGCGAGGACGGCCGGUUGUGCUGUUGGCUAUCAGAUGAAUCAGCUCAAAUAAACCCCUCAUGGAUAUCAAAUUCCCUGGUGAUGAAGUCAUCAACAAAUCAGAAACGACAUCGGCACCAUCCCUAUCAUUGAAUCUGCACUUGUUGAGCAUCUGUGGUUUAUCGUGAGAAGACUCCCAUGGUCAGAAAUCACAUAAACCAUUUUUGUUAUAUUAUUGUCUUUGAGCGCCAGGAUUUGAUGUGGAAGCAGCGUCCGUGUGUGCUUUUUGGGCGUAUAAAUGAAAUGUAUGUACUAUAAGCCAGACUGGCUCAUAUGUACUAUAAGCCAGACUGGUUCAUAUUUUACGUAGAUAUUGAAUUUAUGUUCUUUUGUGUCUUUCAAAAAGGGGUUUCUCAUACUAGAUAUUGCUCCA